AUGCGCGUCUCAGGAACUUACUGGGGUUCAAAAACGUCAUGCACGCCAAGCAGACGGCGUUUCGACAGUGCGCGUUUCGAGUGUUCUAGCCCAAGAAAGAAGGAAAGAAAGAAGAACGAAAAAAGAAGAGACGAAAGAAAGAAGAGACGAAAGAAAGAAGAGACGAAAGACAAGAAAAAGACGAAAGAAAAAAGGACGAAAAGAAAGAAGAGACGAAAGAAAAAGAGACGAAAGAAGAAGAGACGAAAGGAAGAAAGACGAAAGGAAGAAGAGACGAAAGAAAUGAAAACGAAAGAAAAGAAGAGACGAAAGGAAAGAAGAGACGAAAAAGAAGAGACGAAACGGAAGAAGAGACGAAAGGAAGAAGAGAGGAAAGGGAAAAGAGAGGAAAGGAAGAAGAGAGGAAGGAAGAAGAGAGGCAAAGAAGAAGAGAGGAAGAGAAGAGAGGAAAGGAAGAAGAGAGGAAAGGAAGAAGAGAGGAAAGGAAGAGAGAGGAAAGGAAGAAGAGAGAAAAGGAAGAAGAGAGGGGUCGAGUUCGAGCAGAAGAUCGCGGGGUUGGCAACCCUACGCGCUCGCAAACUGGGUGUUCACUUUCAGGCGUUUUCCAACGUAGCUGCCGCAAGACCUUUCGAUGACCUGAUAUUACGAUUGGCGCCACGGUCGUCUCCCAACAAAUCGACGACUUAUUUCGUACAGUUGAAGCACAUUGGGAAGAAGCCCCUCGCGCUGAAGACUUUCGUAAAUGACAAGAACUUCCUGCUGAAGAAGUACUUCGAGUUCUUCCUGAAGCUGCGCAGCUGGUACCAGCUGGCCUCCUCGCACCAGCCCCUGGAUGCUGAGCAGCGCAUCCUGUGUGAGGGGUCGCUGGACGACUGCCGGUUCGACGAAGGGAUCCACAAGAUGGCACACGACAUUCUCAACACGGGAGAAGGUCAGAAUUGUGUCCUGCACUUCUCACAAAAGGACAAAGUGGUAUGGUCUCAUCUCAAUGGGGACAGCAAUGAAAAAAUUUAUCAACAGGAGUUCUUACCACUUUUACGUUUGUUUUGUGAUCAGUCAACAUCUGACAUGCUGGACAGUCUUAUUACGACAGAAAUCAAAACGGUGUUUGGGAAAUCGUUACCUCAACUAAAUCUAUUUUAUUUCCAAUACUUAGAGUUUCUCAAGGGAUGGGCUAACAACGAUGGAAGAAACUACUGCCUAACCGAGAAUUCAGGUGAAUUUGAAUGGAUCAUUGCCGAACACCUCCGAAGAGAAGCAAGAAAAAUUAGCCAAAUGGAAUUGCUGGAGUUCAAGGUGGCCGACGUGCCCGCGGGCAUUCGGGCGGCCAAAGUGCUGCAGCUCCUGGAGGCCGAGCAGCAGGACUCGUGGAUAUACGUGGACAGCGAGGUCCUGCGCCAGUACGACCUGCAGGCCCUGACCGCCGUGUGCCAGGCGGCGCACUGCCGGGUGCUGGUGCUGGACGUCGAGGUCGUUCGCAGGAAGCUCAAGCAGCUGGUGCUGGCCGUGGCCGGCGCCGUCAAAGUGGUCGACUUCGGGUUCUGCCUGCUCAACGCGACCGCCGGUCGCGUACCGUUCGCCCGGGUGAAGGACGAUCCAAAUUUACUCCUAUCAAAUAUCUAA